AUGGCGCUGCUGCCCCGGGCGCUGGGCGUGGGCGCGGCCUGGAGCCUGCGGCGGGCAGCGAGCGCGCUCACCUGCGCCAUGGCGAGUCCCCGCGAGCCGCAGCCCCCGGCCACCGCCGCCGCUUCCUACGACUACCUGGUGAUCGGCGGCGGCUCGGGCGGGCUGGCCAGCGCGCGGCGGGCGGCGGAGCUCGGCGCCAGGGCCGCGGUGGUGGAGAGUCACAAGCUGGGUGGCACUUGCGUGAAUGUUGGAUGUGUACCUAAAAAGGUAAUGUGGAACACAGCUGUGCACUCAGAGUUCAUGCACGACCACGUGGACUACGGCUUUCAGAGCUGUGAGGGCAAAUUCAAUUGGCAUGUCAUCAAGGAGAAACGGGAUGCUUAUGUGAGCCGCCUGAACACCAUCUAUCAAAACAAUUUAACCAAGUCCCACAUAGAAAUCAUCCACGGCUAUGCAACAUUUGCAGACGGUCCUCAGCCCACGGUGGAAGUCAACGGGAAAAAGUUUACUGCUCCGCACAUCCUGAUCGCCACAGGCGGUGUGCCCACCGUUCCUCACGAGAGCGAGAUCCCAGGUGCCAGCCUUGGAAUAACCAGUGACGGCUUCUUUCAGCUGGAAGACUUGCCCAGCCGCAGCGUCAUCGUGGGUGCCGGUUACAUUGCCGUGGAGAUUGCGGGCAUCCUCUCCGCCCUCGGCUCCAGGACGUCUCUUAUGAUCAGGCAUGAUAAGGUUCUUAGAAGCUUUGAUUCUCUCAUCAGUUCCAACUGCACCGAGGAGCUGGAGAAUGCUGGUGUGGAGGUGUUGAAGUUCUCACAGGUUAAGGAAGUAAAAAAGACAUCGUCAGGCUUGGAACUCCAAGUGGUUACUGCCGUUCCUGGUAGGAAGCCCACCACAACUGUGAUUCCAGAUGUUGACUGCCUACUCUGGGCCAUUGGACGGGACCCAAACUCUAAGGGCCUGAAUCUAGAUAAACUGGGCAUUCAGACUGAUAAAAAAGGCCAUAUCCUAGUCGACGAAUUCCAGAACACCAAUGUCAAAGGCGUCUAUGCUGUGGGAGACGUCUGUGGGAAAGCACUCCUCACCCCAGUUGCAAUCGCUGCUGGCCGGAAACUUGCCCAUAGACUUUUUGAAUGCAAACAAGAUUCCAAAUUAGACUAUGACAACAUCCCUACCGUGGUCUUCAGCCACCCCCCUAUUGGGACCGUGGGGCUCACUGAAGACGAAGCCGUUCAUAAGUACGGGAAAGACAAUGUGAAAAUCUACUCAACCGCCUUUACCCCGAUGUAUCACGCCGUGACCACGAGGAAGACGAGAUGCGUCAUGAAGAUGGUUUGUGCCAACAAAGAGGAAAAGGUGGUUGGCAUCCACAUGCAGGGAAUUGGGUGUGAUGAGAUGCUGCAGGGCUUCGCUGUGGCAGUGAAAAUGGGGGCCACCAAGGCCGACUUCGACAACACCGUCGCCAUUCAUCCUACCUCUUCAGAAGAGCUGGUCACCCUGCGCUGAGAGCCCAGGGGCUCGUGUGGCUAGCCGUCCGACCAGCAGGCCUCUGGGAGGAACCAAUCAAGUUUACUUCCUGCUCCAGCUUUAUAGAUUUCCGUACUUUAAUCAGGAACUUCUAAUGUUGUAAAUUGCCAGUUAAACAAACAAACAAAAAGAACGCCGGGCAGUGGUGGCACUCGCCUUUAAUCCCAGCACUUGGGAGACAGAGGCAGGCAGAUUUCAGAGUUCGAGGCC